AUGUUUACAGAAAAAGAAAGAUUAGAAGCCAAAAAAAUUAGAGUAAUACAAGAUUGUUUAGAAAAUCCUAUCGAUAUUGAAGGACUUAGGAUGUGUGCAAUCACCGAGUUUGGAUUUGUAAAUAAUGUAUUAAGAAAAAGAAUAUGGCCAAUACUAUUAAAUAUAGAUACAAAUAAUAUAAUAAACCACAGCGAGCAUAUUAUAGAUCAUAAGGAUACUGAUCAAGUAUCAAAAGAUGUAGAAAGAUCAAUGUGGAGAUUUACAAGAGGCAAAACACAACUAAGAAAUCGUAAAAAACCAGAAUUAACUAGAAUUGUAAACUCUGUUUUAUCAUUACAUUCAAACUUAUAUUAUUUUCAGGGUUAUCAUGAAAUUGCAAGUGUUUUACUUUUGAUUACAGAUGAAUCUUUAGCAUUUGCAAUGUUGGAAAGAUUAUCAUUAAAUCAUUUUAGUGACUGUAUGUUACCAAAUUUUUCAGAAAUUUUAAAAUUAUUAAAUUAUAUAUUUCCAUUGGUAUCAAUGGUAGAUCAAGAGGUUUAUGACUUUUUAAUUAAAUCAGGAGUGCAACCAAUGUUUGCUAUUAGUUGGAUAUUAACAUGGUUUUCACAUAACUUAGAAGAGUUGGAUUUAGCAGCAAGAGUUUAUGAUUAUUUUUUAUCAAGCCAUCCUAUGGCAUCAGUUUAUUUUUCAGUUUCAGUUAUUACAAAUCUUAGAGAUCAACUAUUAAAAUUAGAAUGUUCAUUCGACUCUAUCCAUGCCUUUUUUACAUCCAACUUACCCGAAAAUUUGGAUUUAGAUAAAAUUAUAUUUGAAGCUGAUAAAUUAAUUGAUAAAAUACCACCCAAUAAAAUUCAAAUCAUUUCUAAAGAACCACUUUUACCAACAUCACCUAUUAAUCACUAUCCAUGGGAUUGGAUGUCUAUUAAUAACGCAAAGAGAAAUAGCUAUAAAAAAACAUUAUUAAAGAAUCAUAAACUAUCAAAGAAUCAAAAAAGACACAGUCAAGUGUUUAAAGUAAUUUUCUUUAUAUUAUUUGGAUCACUAUCACUCUUUGGAUCCCUCGUUUUCCUUUCAAUCAAAUCACCAACAACCUUCAAUUCGCUAUACUCUUUCUUUUCACCAAUAAUAUUAAAAAUUUUAAAUUUCAACGAACCAAAUAGUCCCAUUAAAAAUUACCUUGCCAAUUUAUUAAACUAUUCAAUGCCAAUUUUUAAUAAUAACAACAAUAAUAAUAGUAAUGUUUUAAAUAAUAAUACUAUAAACUAA